CAAAACGCAAAAGCCGCAAUCACCAAUAUUUAAGUCAAAAGAAAUUACUUAAGCACAAAACUCAAAAUGGCUGCUUCAUCCUACAAGGGCAAGGUUGCUCACUUAAUCAAAUGUUUUUGUGGAUGUACUGACAUGACCGUGGAUGAAGUGCAGCGUAUCUAUACGCUCACAAAUAGCGUGCUACAAACGCUGUUGGACAGUGCGGCAAGAAGGUUGCUGCAACGCUUUCUAGAGACUGAACGAGCCGGUGACAAAAAGGGAGCUGAAAUAUAUUUGGAAAUAUACAUCAAGUGCGCUGAGUAUCUAAAAGAUACAUGUACUUUCACUCAGGAUGAAAUAGACGAGCUCGAUGAUUUGGGCUUGCCCUACCAUCUGACACAAGAACUUACCAGACGCACUCUGAACGCAGAUCGCACGAAAAUAAAUCUAUGCCUUAAUAACAUUCAGAACAUAUGCAGCAAAGAGAUUGAAGCGAGCAGCGAAUUCAGACGCUUCCGAGACGCUAUACUCGCCAAGAUGAACCGCAUUCCCAAAAAAUAAUAAUAGUUUAUAUGCGUAAGAGGCCUUUUGUGUUCAAAAUAUGAUUAAGCACAGCGACGCCGUACACAACCUCAACAUCACAACUAAGAUUGACAGCUUUAGUCACUGGUGCAACGAAGCCGGCCAACGGUUAGUUACUUAUUAAUAAGUAUACCUUAAAUCCACCCAAAGUUACCGAAAAGAGAAAGCGUUUUUAAUAUUAAAAUAUAUAUUUGUUAUAUAUGCAUCUUUACUAAGCAUGUGACCACCUUUAUAGCUAUAUUUCCAGUGCUUUAAUAAAUGUUUGCUUAAGAUUAGAUAAGUUUACUUUCUUACCUAGUUAGGUAUUUAGGAUCGAUCGGACAAACGCAAAAUAUGUUUUGACUGUAAGCUUAUUCAUGAAUGCCCUGAUCGGUGGGCUAAAGCUAUAUAAAUCAUAGCAACAGCGGCAAUAUGUAUAUUUCUCACAAAAAUAAGCCAGAAAUAAGGCGUCAAAAGUAAAUCAAUAACUGCCGAG